CCCCACGUUGGCAGUUGGUGUCCUUGUUGCUUGCUGCUCCUGGUAGUGUAUUGGCACCACUUGGCGUCGUCUAUUUGGGGUUGCGAGUGAGUGACGUUGAGUCCAUCCAUCCUCCAUCCACUCCUUCCCACAUACUGAAAUACGUGAUACAUUAUCUGCAUAAUCUACUUAAUCUGCAUACACAACUAACUCACUCCUGCUCGAGUGGAAAUCAUAAGAUUUUUUAGGAAAAAAAAUUGCUCAGGCGAAAAGUCAAAGGUCAAGAAGAGGUCGUGUUUAAAGGACGAUUAUGGUGGAAGUAGGACCAGCAGUGACGAAGUCGUGACGUGACAGAGUCGUAGGACACAAAGUUGGACUUUUUCUGUGAUACACGGAUGAUAUGAUGGGUGACGUGGAGAGUAGUACGACCAGGGACCAGGACGACCAGGGGAAUAGUGGUCGAUCAGGAAGUGGAAGUGGUGGGGGCAGCCCGGAAGACAAUAGUUCUACGGAUUCUUCCUCCGUUGGUGGAGGUGCGAGUGGUGAUCUGCAACGACAAGGGACAGUGAUACAGCGUAGCAAAAAAAUGGGGGAUGAGAUCCCAGCGUCGUCGUCGUCACCACCACCACCGCCACAAAUAGUGAACAAUAGUAAUCAUAAUCAUGACGAGGAUGGAGGAACAGGAGGCGGAGGAGGAGGGGAGGAGGACGAGUCAUCCUUGGCUGACAGUCGUAUCGUGCCGUUCCGUUCGGCAUCCUUUUCCCAAGUGGACACGACCCUGGAAGGAAACUACUUCACACUUCCGGCCCGAUCCCCAAACAACAUUACGCUGAAACCGUCCGCCUUCUGCCUCCUCCCACCCGCACCCGCCACCCUCCCGCGCACCACUAAACCCACCACCACCGCCACCACUACGCCACAAAACAGGGUCCAAUUCCAAGUCGGCGACCCCACCUAUGUCGACCCCGCCGUCGAAGAACUCAACGUAACAAGACCCCAACAAGUCGAGUCGCCUGACGAGAAAACUAUGGACAUGACGACGACAACACCAACCAGUGACAACGACCCUGACGAAGAGAAGGGUCACGUGAGAGGAGGAACGACCCCCGCCAAGGCUAAGAUUGCUUUUAAAAUGGGCCACCUCAACCCUAAAUUGACCCCGCUUGACCUUUCUGGAGGUGCUGGUGGUCCUGCUGACGAAGAAAUAAUAGACUCGACCGCACAGCAGCAACAAGACCUCCUCGUUCGCCAGUCUUCCGGUCAGUCGGAUGGUAGUGAGGGUGGUCUCAGUGACCCUUGUGCGUCACCCCCGGUGCCCAUCACGGCAGACUCGGCGCCUUACACCACCACCACCACAACCACAACUGGCGCCACGACCACGACCAGCUCCGCGGCUACGACGACGACCACUUCACCACGUACGGCGCUACUCUUCCGGUCGAGCGGAGGUCUCUCUUCUCCACCACCGAUGGGGCCAUCAUUCUACAAUUACCGGUACAACUACCCCCGUUCCACAACAUCUCCACCCCCACCAUCCUCCGACUCGACGUGCUCUUCCCCCGUCUCACGGACAAAUUCGAUCGGCUCGUCAUCCACCCCGAGUCCACGGCGCUACUACAAACGCCCCUUACGCGGUCCGUACGGCGAAAUGUUGGAAGCCGAGAUGAACCGCGUGUCCGCCUCGUCCAUGCGAAACAAAUCCCUCGCUCGCGACCUGGACGGUGGGCUGUCCGACUUUUGCCGUGAAUCGAGGUCAUCCUCCCCACCCCCAAACGUCACCAGCACGGCGACCCCCAGCAGUGCGGACCAUCAUCACCACCACCACCCAACCGACGGGAACCUUCUCCUUAUCGGGACGUCGCCCAAAUUGGGGAAUUCUUUACACGAGCUGCGCACAUCCUGGGCAUCGUCGUCCUCCUCCUCCCCCUCAUCCUCCAGCGGGAUCGUGAGCAACGCUCCGAACAAGCAUAACACCAACCCAAGGACGAGGAAGGUCAGUGCAAUGUCAUCCAUGACGACGACAGGCAGCAGUGUUGAAACCGUUGGCGGCGUGCUGCACCAACGGACAGCCUCCUCCCCGUCGCAACUCCUCUCGUCACCACCACCACCACGACCCUCGCGACCCUUGGACUCCUCGCCGAGGGGGCACGUUCUCGCUGAGUUGGUUGAGACGGAGAGGUCUUAUGUCGAGUCGUUGGGCAACCUGGUCAAUAAUUAUAUGACUCCACUCAAAUUGGUCGACUACAUUGAGGCCAGCCUCGUGGAUGAGAUUUUCUUCCAAAUUCCCGACAUUUUGAAGCACCACAAGAGAUACCUGGCUGAGUUGGAACGCCGUGUCACGGACGAUACGCAGUCCGUGGGAGACGUUCUCCUCGACAUGUUCCGUGACACCUCCCUCCUCGAUUGUUACUCUCUCUUCGUGAACAAUUGGAAGAAUGCGAAGGGGUCGUUGAAAAUGGCCGUGGCCUCGAAACCCCCACUCGGCCGGUUUCUCGAAGCCAAGGCACGCUCCCACAGGGGAAAACUCUCCAUCGACUCGCUCCUCAUCAUGCCCAUUCAACGCAUCCCUCGCUACGAGCUACUUGUCAAGGAACUCCUCAAACACACGGACCCCACCCACGACGACCACUCCCGUCUAAUCCUCGUCCUCGAAAAGAUUAAAAAGUUUGCCGUCCACAUCGACUGUGCCUCCGUGGACUCCAGUGACAACCGCGACCUGGAAAUUGAAGGGUGGACUUCCGGUCUUGGCCAUCUCGUCUCCGUGACCUUGGUCACCCUUCUCACGCCCAGCAACGUUCGCAAAGAGAGGGCCCUCUUCCUCUUCGCCGACUCCAUUCUACUCGCUUCCAUCAAGCGGAAAUCAUCCACCAUGAGAAAAACGUCGUCCAACCAAUUCUUCCAGAGUCAAGGGUCCUCCUCUCAAGGAGGUCAAGGGUCAAUCAUAUCCGGCCCUGGAGGAUCCUUGGACGGCUGCAAGUUCAAACUCUUACUAAAACUCGGACUAUUGGAUGUUCAACAGAGGACGAAUUCUGACCAGGGGGGCAACAGUGACGAGUUCCAUCACCACCACCACCACCACUUUCAGGACAUCGAGGACAUGAAAACGCUACAGAAAAUGAUGGAUUUGGCCACCCUUCUGAGGUGCCCGCACGCCCCGUUGGAUGACCUUUUAACCUCGAUGUCAGCUGGGCUGAAUAGAAGUUAUACCUACAACGGGGAUAACAAUGGGGGCGAUGUGGUCGAACUGGAGGUCAGGGAGGUCAGUGGGGGCAGCGGAGGGGGAGGAAAUAGCGGUGACGCGUCCCCCGAAGUCUUGAAGAUCAUGUUUGGCUCGUGUGAGAGAAAGUCGGCCUGGUUGGAAUCCUUUGCCGACACGGUGGCCAAAUUUAUUCGGUACGGGUUUGGUCGCCUCCCGCAUAUGAAUUUCGUCGGCGCUUUGCCUAUUCGCAAGACACGGGCGGGACUGCAACUCUCCUGCGCGGCGCCGGUCUGGCUGUGGCUGCACUCGAGGGAACAACGUGUCGAUGUCUGGGUGGCCAAUUCGGACGGAUAUGUGGGACAGAUUUGUAUCCUAACGUUACAUCCGGAACCGGCCAUUACGUCGUGUAAUGGGGUGUGCAAUAGUCGGAUCACCUGCAUCCUUGCCGUGCCUCCGUUGGGUUAUGAUGCCAACACGCCUCCCAAUUUCCACGAUAGCAGCGAGGACGACGGGGUCGCAGGUUACAGUGGGCGGAGCAGAGGUCGCAGUUCGUCCAGUGAGCAUUGGAGCGUAUGGUUGGGCACGGAGGAUUCCAAUCUCCAAAUCUACGACUGUUCUGAUAGCGUGCGAGUGAAGAAGAGCAAGCAUAAAGUCCCACUCAAAGCUGCGCUCCUUUGCAUGGCGUAUUACGACUCUCGUGUCUUCGUCUCUCUCGGAAACGGCGAAGUCGCCAUAUACUCCCGUAACGCACGCAGAGGCUGGAUCGUCGAACCCAAUUGGAUGACGAUCGGUUCCGUGAUGAGUCCCGUCACCAAAAUGACGACCACCUCGACCUGCCUCUGGUGCGUUACCAGCUCCCAAGUCAAACUCUACUCGAGCAGUGGAGACUGCGGAAUGCUCGAGCUCGUCCAAACCCUCCCCAUCUCCGGUGUCGUCACUUUGGCCGCCACCGAGGAAAUGGUCUGGAUCGCAACGGCCUCUUCCGUCAUCAGAUGCUACUCUACACCCAACUUCGAACUCAUCUCGCAUGUCGACGUGGGCCCGGAAGUUGCCAAAAUUCUGUCCGGUUGUGACGACAUAAUUCGCCAACAUAAAUCUGCCUGUCUUCGCGUCACAGCCCUUCUUGUGGCGCCGGAUAACACGUUAUGGAUCGGAACUAGUGCCGGUGUCAUACUCACGUUGGCCAGUGGAUCAUCGUCAUCAUCGCCCCCCAUCAGUCCAGGAGCGGGCGGAGGAGGAGGAGGAUCAGGAUCACCACGGAGGUGCACCCCACUCCCACACGGACACACCGGACAGGUCAGAUUCCUCACGUCCUGUACGUCGCGAGACUCCACGACCGUCGUGAUCAGUGGGGGCGACGGCUUUGAAGAGUUCAGACCGCCAGGAUAUCCCAUCCUCUGUUCGACGGGGACAAUGUCUGGGGGGACGCUGGUGGGCAGUUCCGGUGGUGGUGGGGGUAAUGUGAUGAGCAGCACUACCGGAAGUGGAGGAUUAAGUAGAGAAGGAAGCUAUUCAAUGUCUUCGUCUUCAAUGUCGUCAGCCUCGUCUUCGUCGACAGCGGGCGGAAGUGGCAGCGGUGGUGGUGGUGGUGGCGGUGGAGUUGGACUCACCUCGUCGAACAGCCUUGAUAACAGUACCACCACGACCAGUACCAACACCGCGAUCACGCCCACCACUGCAGCAACUACACCAACUGCAGGUGGUAGUAGUGGAGGAGGAAAUAGUAGUGGCGCAAAUAGUGAUACUAAAUCUAGCGCCGGGGGCGGAGGUAGCAGCAGCGUGGGCGACCUUUCUGGUCGUGAAGACUCCACGAAUCACCUCCUCAUUUGGAAAACCCCCUCAAAACCGAGCACCACCACGUCCACGGGGUCCUCCUCAAGCUAAAAACUCCACCAUUAUUAUUUUUUAACUUUUUAAUUGCACUUUAAAGAAAAAAGAAGUCGUCAUCGUCGUCGUCACUCAGUCGUCAAACGUAGCGUUGCGUUGAUGUAUUUAUUGGCAGUUUUAAAUAAAAAAAAUGGACAUUUUUACUCAUGGGCCAAGCGUUAUGUAAACAUAUAUGCAUUUACUAAAUUUAUGUUACUAAAUAAUAUCUCUGCUAUAUAAGAGACAUGUGCUAAAUAUGUGCUACAGAAAACUGGUUGGUUGUGAUGGAGAAGCCUCUUUAAAAAUUUAUCGUAGAUUAUCUAUUUACUCUUAAAAAAUAUAAACACAAACUUUAACUUACAAUGGAACCUUUUUUCAAGCUACACCGGGAUUGACUAACGAAUUAUAUCAAAAAAUCAAGCCAAAAAUUAGGAAUCACAUGGCGCUUAUCGUUCCGUUGAAUGGCCCCUUUGAAGAAAAUUAUUAGGGGUCAAAGUUCGCACGAGCGCCUUGGUUUUCGCCCCGUGGAGGAAAAAGCAAGGGAAAAUUUGCUCAAAAAUUGAACUUAACCGCCAAUAUUUUUCUUCAAAGGGGCCAUUCAACGGAAAGAGAAGUGUCACGUGACUCCUAAUUUUUGGCUUGAUUUUUUGACAUAACUCGCUAGUCGAUCCCGGUGUAGCUUGAAAAAAGGUUCCAUUGUUAGCCGUAAAUAAAGAAAACUCGUUAAUUAGGUAAAUACGCAGCCUAAAAUUGUUGGCGAGGAAAAUUGUGUGGGAAUAAAAAUAUAUUUAUUACAUAUUUACUCUCCAGAAGGAUAA